GCGUGGAUGAAAGUUGAUAGGUGAGGAAACGGGAAAAAAGCAACAUUUUUCCUUGGUUUCUGGCCUGAUAACUAAUAACCUAAUUUUGUUAUUGCUCAGUGAACACUGCAGUCUAUCUUUCCACGUAGAUUCUUAGCCAUCUGCAGCGCACACGGUAGCCAUAGCUAAAAAUAGGUUUUGUUGUCUUUCUUCCUUGUAUCAGGCAGCACAAUGCAGAAUCCUCAGGAGGACACAGAGUGGAAUGACAUUCUUCGGCAGAAAGGGAUAAUUCCUCCAAAAAAAGAAAAAGAGGUAACGGAGGACCAGAUCGUGGAUAUUUUGGAACAAGCAGUAGCUGAAAAAACUGGAAAUGUCGCUCAAAACAUGGACAAGCUUACUCUCGACGAGCUGGACGAACUGGAGGACGACGAAGAUGAAGCGAUAAUUUUGGCCUACAGGCAAAAGCGAAUUGCUGAGAUCAAGGAAUCGGUGCAAAAGUCAAGAUACGGAGACGUCACAGAAAUACGAGCCGAAGAUUAUGUUCAGCAGGUCAACAAAGCAGGCGAAGGAAUUUGGGUUGUGCUUCAUCUCUACAAGCAGGGAAUACCGUUGUGCUCUUUGGUUAACCAGCAUUUGAAUCAGUUGGCCGCGAAAUUUCCUACAACAAAGUUUUUGCGUGCAAUCUCAACAACCUGCAUACCUAACUACCCUGACAUGAACUUGCCAACAAUAUUUGUUUAUUUUGAAGGAGAUUUGAAGAAGCAAUACAUUGGCCCCAUUGAGCUUCGAGGGAUGAAACUGUCUGUCGAUGAGUUGGAAUGGAUGCUCAAAGUGGCAGGGGCAGUGCCUUCAACAAUUGAAAAGGAUCCAAAGCCGAAGGUCAAAGACGUCCUGAUGUCUCAGCUGAGAGGCGGACGUGACGACAGUGAUGAUGACGAUUAUUGAUUGGGAGAGUUUGACGGGCUAUUUUUCUGGCAGUAUUAUUUAAAAUAUUAUUAUUUGUUCUUCCUGUCAUGUAUGUCAAAAGCUGAAUUUCUAAAUAUUAAAACAAAAUGUUUUUACUAAUUAAUGAAAAAGUUGCCAGAUC